AUGAGUGUAGCUCCGCGCCUCAACUUCCCGCAAGGGAUGCUAGCAGGGCAAACGGCCAUCAUCACGGGCGCGGGCCAAGGCAUCGGCGCUGAGACGGCAGCAGUAUUUGCGCGCGAGGGGUGUAAGGUCGUCAUUGCAGACAUUGACGCUGCGGAGAAGACUGCCCAGGCCAUCAAUGCGGAUGGAGGCGCUGCGAUUGCCGUCGCCGGAGACAUCACGGUCAACCAAGACAUUGACAAGCUGGUUCAAAAAGCCAGUGAGUUUGGCCGUGGUAAGGUCCACAUCAUCGUCAACAAUGCAGGUUACGCAUGGGACGACCCGAUCGAGAAGAUUCAGGAUAAGCAGUGGGAAACCAUCAUCACACUACACAACACGGCGCCGUUCAAGCUCAUCCGGGCCGUGGCGCCAUACUUUAUGGUCAAGGACGGUGAACCCAGGAACAUUGUCAACAUCUCUUCUACAUCUGGCAUCUACGGCAACGCGGGACAGGCCAGCUAUGCUCUGGCCAAAGCCGGGCUGGUAGGCUUGACCAAAACACUGGCCCAGGAAUGGGGCCCCGAGUACGGUGUGAGAGCCAACACGGUCGCGUUCGGAGCUAUCAAAACCAGACUGACCCAAGCUCCUGCCGGUGAGUACGUGGUGAGGCCCGACGGCACCAAGCAUGCUGUCGGAUUCCACGGCGGCUACGACGAAGCAGAAGCGAAAUGGUAUGUGUAA